GCGACUUGCACUCGACCAGUCACUUUGAUUUUUCAGCUCAUGUAACCCUGAAUAUUUCUUGUUUAAUACAUCAUGCCGCCUCGCAAAGCGACACAUAGCACAACAAAUACGUCCGCUAAAGCUCGGCACGACACGAAACGCGCUUCGCAAGUUCAUCAAGAUGCACGGUCGAGCUUGGGCCCUGGAGACUUGACUCCGCCCUCGUCUAGUUCGCAGCGCGAAGAACGCGAAGAUGAAGUACCAAAGAUGUUGAUGAGCCCGCCUCCGGAGGAAAUUCUCAGAACAAGUCGUAACAAACCUGCGCACGCCUCAUCUGUCGACUACCAUAACGGUGCUGAAGCCGGUAACCCUCCUUCGACGCCUAUACCAAAGCGCAAGCGAGUUCGAUCUGUCGCGAAAGCCUCAGAUGCGCGCCUUGACGAAGAUGGUGUUGUGGCCAGUUCCUCUCGCGUCACCCUUGAUACAACACCGAAUCCGAAACCGCGAAAGCAGUCUAAGUCAAACGUCUCAUUUGCUGAAGAACAGACGUCACCCAUCAAGACUCCAAACAAAUCUUUUCGUUCUCGUGCUUCUUCUUCUCCAACGAAACGCUCCCUAGUUCAGUCUCCCCAUGCCAACAAUCCACAAGCUGACUAUAUACCUCUCCUGCCUUCUCCUACCAGCGAUUAUGUCAUCAACCACCGCCGCUUCACUACGCCUAUCCCUUAUGAACCUCCGGCCGAGCGGUUUACGCCGCCUCGAGAAGUCUUCACUCCAGUCCCUUCGAUCUCUAAGUCCAGCAAGCGAAAGUCUAUGCCCCGGAGUAGCACCAAGGACAGGAGGUUGACGCUGCAGAUCAAGAAGGAACCUCCUGAGAUUGACUUGGACGAGCUCCCGCCUCCCCCUUCUCCCACCGAUGACCCACUGCUACUCAAGGGACCUCCACCAAGCACGAGGAAAAAAUCGCGUGCUCCCCGUGCUAGUCUUGCUUCAAUACAAUCUGUUCGCUCCCGCGACACACCGCCAGUUUCAUCGUCUUCCCCUGUACGCGCGCCGGCUGAAGAUAAUUCGCACGUCCAGAACCUCAAUUUCGCUGAUCUAGGCCCCGACAGCGAUUCAGAUGGUGAACCCCUACCUUCCUUCUUUAACUUCGAUAGACUCGUGCCUGUGCAAGAGACAGAGGAAUGGACGGACGAGGAUGAAGAUGGGAAGAACGAGUUCGAUCAUACUGGCGAGUACACGGGCAAGUUCAAGAUUAUCACGGUCCCCACCAAACAGGACCCACCAAGCAGCAUGACUCGGCAUCGCCAGGAUAUGUGGGGCAAGCCUAUCAGCCCCUUUCCGUACGAGAAGUUGCGUCCGAGUGUUGCUGCUCGUAGGUACAGCCCUAUACCUGAGUCCCCGGUGCGCGAGAAUGGAGAAGACGAGGAGGGAGAGUUGCCCAUCGCGGAAUACGACGAUGAGGAGCUGCAACCAGAACCUAGUAGGUGGAGAUCACCAACGCCACCGUCUCCGAGGAGCCCCCCGCAUGCCGUGGACGAUGGAGAUGUUGAGAUGGAAGAAGCAGCAGAGGAUGGCUUCUCCUUGCCCAGCUCCUCGCCCCGCAUUCCCUCCUCUCCUUUACCUCACGAACCUGUGGCUGGCCCCUCUGGGCACCCACGGACUGCUUCACCCGAGCCAUUGCCGGAGCGGACGGAAGUUACUGUCUCUGCCGAGGCAUCUGGUGAGGUUGGCUCAGACAUCGGCUGUCGGAUGCCUGUCCGUGAGCCCCCGAUCUCCGCGGAGGCUGAAGACGACGCAGGAGAGCCCGAGCCCAGCAGUCCAGAAGCACAGCCCCAGUAUCAGCGUACCGAGCUAUCCUGCAUUGACCGCGCAGACUUGGCAGCCUCCGUAUGUUCGGCACCAGAGGAACAGGCCGAGAUUGCGACAGAGAAUGUUGUACACUCGGUCACGCGAAGCGACGGGGAUGGCGUUCUUUUGCUCAUCGAAGGACCACCUGAAAAUGCAGCUCUUUUGGAUGUACGAAGACUUGACAGUUCUGAUGUCCCAAUUUGGGACCAAGGCGUCGAAACAACUCUUACUGACGGCCCUGCCGACGAGACAGUCGAUGCUCGCUUCGACUUCCCGUUGAGCUCGGAUGCGUCUGAAGAGCCAGAGGAUACCGCGGUCGAACCGCAGGAAUGGUCGUUCAGUGUGCCUCAGGACAAGCAUCAGGACGAGAGGAUAGCCACUGUGGAGGAGGAAGACGCUGCUUCUGUCGUACGCGAGUUGUCAAGGGAACCGGAUGAGCAUGACGACGAAAGGCCACCCCUUCCUGAAGCAGAGAACGAACCACAAGAGCCACGAGAGCAUCCGCUGCCUGUCAUACCCGUCGAGAAACCUGCGCCUAACGCGCCUGUGAUGGCAAAAGACAACGCAACAGCAAAGAUCCCGGUGGAAAGCGCUGCCGGCGUUGUGCGAGAGUUGUCGAAACGAUGGUCGCGACUUGCACAAGCGGGACCAUCUGCACCUAAUCCUGCGCCUGUAUCUGUCUCCAAACCCGCAUCCCCUCCGAGCCUUGCUCCGCCCGCAGCUCGCAUUCGCGAAGUUAACUCCAGCCCACGCAAUCCCUUCCAGACUCCAGCUGUUGUGCAGACGAGUGCAUCACAUCAGUCACCUGUCACUAGAGAGUUCCGCCCUUUGCAGACGGCUCCAACUCCACAGUUUGACUUGCCCGAGGACGACGUCGAUGAGUCCCUGCUUGACCCUGGGAUCGUGAAGAUUACGAGUAGCGAUCCGAUGGCUGCUGCGCGAGCGGCUGCUAUCCUUCGCCUACACAGGUAUGAUUGCGUUGAGACUAUUGGUUCCCCCGGCCGACAUCCAAAUGCCAGCCUCGAAUCUGCGCUGAAGAGCGCCCGGCGGAAAUCCAUCCUCCAGAGCGGCGUCAACAAGUCUUUUUCUCGACGCGGCGCGUUCGGAGGUGGCACCGGAAAUACUCUCACCAUUGACGGGGCACCCCGUACAUCACUAACGGAGUUGCUCAAAGAGGCUGAGGCGACAGUCCUCCUCGAAGAGUCGAUGCUGCGUGGCCUCUCGCCUCCCAAAGCGGCAAAGCCGGCCGUCCCGUCGAAGAUCUCCGCCCAGACAUCUCCCAAGAAUCCGCGCUUUGAGGCAGCGCGCUCUGUUUUUGACGCGUCUGCGGGUCCAAGACACUGGUCGAAGGCGGACUGGAAGGCGCUCGAUGCGUGCUAUACGGACGUAUGCGUCGAGCUUGCAAAGCAAGCUGGUUCGGAAGAGGGUGCACUUCUUCCGGCUGAGAAUAUUGAUGAGGAACAGGUUGUGGUGAAGUUUGUUGAAAUGAUAGGCGGAGCGAAAGUUGUCGAGGUGUUGGGAGAUGCUUGGACCCGGGACAACCUUCUCAGGAGAGUUCAGGCUCUUCGGCGCAAGCAAAGUGCAGGGAAAUCCGCACCUUCCAAUCGUCAGUCUGGAACCUCGGCAGAGAACUUGCAAACACCAGCACAGAGCUACAGCACCUUCUUUUCGCCGAAUGUAUCCAUUCUGGGAGAGCCUGCAAAACCAGCACCUCGAUUACCUGCUAUGGGGGCUCAAACCCCUGUGCAGACCAGUAAUGUGCAGUACACCGAGCUGCUCCAGGAGGCGAUAGAAGUUGAAAGGGGCGACGAUGCUGCCGACCUGGAUCUCUCGAUGGCUGGGCAAACAAACGCUUCGUUGCAGGAACACAGCAAGAGCUAUAUCAGUCCGCUGCUGCCUGGACGUGCCGCGCACUUACUAGCAACGAAGGUGAAGGGUCUGGUCUUCUCUUACCUCCGCUCUCCGAAAAAGCCUCCUGGGACAGAGAAGACGGGCAAGCCUGCAGCCAGCGGACCUGUGUUGCCAGUGCCGCCAUCUGAAAUCUUCAAGAAGCCUCGUCCGCCGGUUAUCACUCCCAUUCCCAAGCCCACUGAGAGGCCUGCGCCUGCGAAGGAUCUUGUUCGCCUCCACGCCGUGCCGCCACCGAAGCCAUCCGCGAUACCGCGCCCUGCUCAGAAGCUCCAGAAGUGGGUUGAGCUCAACCAUGUCCAGCCGAGGCCGCCAUCCUCGAUGGGCGCAAACUCUGCUAUCCCUCGAGAACGACGGGACAGCGGAGCGAGCGUGAAGGAUCUUGUGCAAACGUUCGAUAAGCUGGACGAGAUGACGGCUGCCGAGCGAGAGUCACAGAAGAGGCUCGAGCAACUGAAGCGGAAACGGAACGUCAAGAAGUGGAACGAUGCACGAACAGCGAAGACAAAGAAGCCUGCUUGGCGGUAACCUGUGUAACGAUUAUGAAUUUUUAUGAGUAUUUACGAUGACUGCGUGUUUCUUGUAUGGAAAUGGUGCUCUCGCCAACAUUACUACUACUCGCCGUACUUAGCUACGUGUAUGAUCACUGUGAUACAUGACUUCCUCGCCUGAC